AUGCUGCGCUGCGGCCACGCAGGGAGCAGCCCCCGUACCGGCCAGAUGGCUAUCCUCGGCGACAUCGAGCGCUCAUAUACCACGCGUCUCGGCGGCCUCGCCCCCCUCCCGCCCGACGCCUCGUCUCUCCUGACGACGCAGGCCGCCGCCCAGCCCGCGCAGUCCCUUCGCCGCACCCUGGCCACAUUUCUCUCGCUCUCCAAGCCGCGGCUCACGGUGCUCGUCGUGCUUACCGCAAUGGUGCCCUACGCGCUCUACCCUGUGCCCGAGAUGCUGACGCCGUCCAUGACGGACACGACGAGCCUGAGCCCGCUUACCCUGCUGUUCCUCACCACCGGCACGGCGCUAUGCUCGGCCAGCGCAAACGCCCUCAACAUGCUCUACGAGCCCGACACAGACGCCAAGAUGACGCGCACGCGCAACCGGCCGCUCGUGCGGCGGCUCAUCGCCACGCGCAGCGCUGUGCUCUUUGCCAUUCUGGCCGGCGCCGUCGGCGCAGGCGGCCUCUACUUUGGCGUCAACCCGACCGUCUCCUUUCUUGGCGUCGCCAACAUUGUCUUGUAUGCGGGCGUCUACACGCCGCUGAAGCGCGUGACGGCGUUUAAUACAUGGGUCGGCGCACUCGUCGGCGGCAUCCCCCCGCUGAUGGGCUGGGCGGCGGCGGCGGGCGAGACAGCCACCCGGGACGGCUCCUGGCGGGAGCUGCUGCUUGCCACUGACGGCUCCUCGCUCGGAGGCUGGCUUAUGGCCGGCCUGCUCUUUGCCUGGCAGUUCCCGCACUUCAUGGCCCUCAGCUGGCCGAUCCGCGACGAGUACAAGGCCGCGGGCCUGCGCAUGCUAGCGUGGACCAACUCGGCGCGCAACGGGCGCGUGGCGCUGCGCUACAGCCUCGUCUUCAUCCCGCUGUGCGUGUCGCUGUGCGCCGCGGGCGUGACCGAGUGGUCCUUUGCGGUGACAAGCCUGCCGGUGAAUCUCUGGCUGGCGCGCGAGGCGGUGCGCUUUUGGAAGCAUGACGGGCACCAGGGCAGCGCAAGGGGUCUGUUCUGGGCGAGCGUCUGGCAUCUGCCGGCGGUGCUCAUGCUGGCCAUGCUGCAGAAAAAAGACCUGUGGAGCAGAGCAUGGCGUGGUCUGUUUGGCGAGGCCGCAGAUGAGGAGGGACUCUGGGAAGAGCAGGAGCUCGAGGAGAUGGCGGGCAUGACGGCGGACCGCGUCAAGGAGGCGGCCAAGGCGCUUGAUCUCCCGCGCAGGUAA